GUUAUUCGCAGUCUGGCGCCAUAGCAUCUAUUGCACGUCUUUUUUAUUAUUUCUAUUAAAUAAUACCUAACUAGUUCCAAAUAUGUCUGUGCUAGAGGAAGAAUACAUCGACUAUCUGAACGAGAAGGGAAUUCUGCCCAGACUUCUCGAUAUAUUGAAGCAACUGGUGAAUAUCGAUCCUCCGCCAGCGGAUCCCUUGGUAUACAUUAUGCAUGUGCUGGGAUGCCCCCUGAUUCCGCAGGCACAAAUGAAGGCUUUGGAGAGGAAAGUUUCCCGUGCGCAUGACGAAAUGCGUUAUUUGAGGCGUCUGCUAAUCGAUCUGGAGGGUGGCGAUCACCUAUACGACUCGGAAAGCGACUUGGAGGAGUACGUUGGCGACGUACUUAAUACCAGUGGAUCGCAAACCUCUUUAACCUUUGAGGGUACAAUAUCUUAUAUCCCGAUUAAUCAGCCACCAUAUAUGGCUGAUGUGACUGGGGUUAUAACUGCCAUUUCCACCUCAAAAGAGACUUCGCAGGGAUCGUCAUCGGGAUCUUUCAAAGAUCACCCCAUGCGGCACAGGCGCUUCUGAUAUGCGCAUAUACAUACUUCUUGGCUUUUUAUGUACUGCGUAGAUUUUUUAUACUCAACUGCAUGCAAGUAGUUUUCUUCAAUUUUGUUCCCCAAUGCAUCUUGAGAUUAUCCAUAUGUCUGUACUAUUUUUCUCAACAACGCUGGUACGAUUUCUUUUACAUAUAUGUAUAUGUAUAAAUGUUGGGUCUACAAGGCAUGUAAUUUUGUUAAAAAGAAUGAUUUUGUACAGAACAGUUCAUAUAUAUAAAAUUACAAUUUUUAACAAAUUCGAUUUCAAUUCAAAAUACUUAUAUCGCAGUAGCCCAAGAGUAAAAUCAGUAGCAUGAUUGAUAAGCAUAAAAUAUAUCUUAACUACGUAAUGGAUAUAACUUUCUAAAUAUAUCAUGUAUUGCAUUUUA